AUGUUUUCGAUAGCAAAAGACUUUCUUCUAUGCUUCUUCGUAUUUAAUUUAUAUAUUUUAUUAUUAAUAUCAUGCGAGGAAAUAAAGGAAGAAACAUUGGAUAGAGGUGCUCAUAGUGAUAGAAAUGGUCUGUGGUUUGGACCUCGACUUGGAAAGAGAUCGCUUUCUCUAUCUUCUGAAGACAAUAGUCAAAAGUUUCUUCGACUAUUGGAAGCGGCUGAUACAUUGAAGUAUUAUUAUGACCAAUUACCUUAUUACGAAUCUCAAGUCGACGAACCACAGAAAGUGAUCAAGAAAGUUAUUUUCACUCCAAAAUUGGGUCGCAGUUUGGAAAGAAACGAAGAGAAAAGGGGAUACGAAAAUGUUGAAUUCACACCACGACUAGGUAGACGAGUUCCCGAUUCCGCUACCACACCUGAACAAGAGAUUUCUGGCCGCGAUCGAGUUGAUAUCAGAUCGGAAUAUUUCUCACCGCGAUUGGGACGCACUGUUCACUUUUCUCCACGUCUUGGCAGGGAGCUGACGUAUGAACUCUAUCCGGAGAAUAUUAGAGUGGCAAGAAGUGUUAACGACACAAGAUCGAAUUAACCUCGAAGACGACGAUUGA